AUGCCAUCCGUGUCUGUGAAAGGUCGGCGCAAGGAGGCGGUGGUGAAACGAGUCGAGGAGAUCGACGGGGAUUCGGAUUCGGGCGCGAGUUCAGCAUCAGAAGAAGCAUCAGACGCAUCAGAGGAUGAAAAUGAUAGCAACGAUGCCAGCGAUGCCAGCGAUGCCAAUGACGAGAGCGCUGCCGAAGAUUCAGACUCCCUAGACAGUGCCAGCCCCAGGAAACGACGCCGCACCUCUCCUCCGGCUAGCGAUGAUGAGAAACCCAACAUUAUCAAGUCGGCCUUUAAUGUGCCCUCCCGCAUAAAGCGGAAACCUCAAGUCAAAACCAACCUUGAAGUCACGCCUCAGCCAAGAGAACCCGAGCCAGCGCCCCGGGUCACGGCCCCCUUGGAUGCCAAUACCACUUUCGAGUCGCUUGGUCUCCGGCCAUGGCUAGUGCAGUCGCUGGCUAACAUGGCCAUCAAGCGGGCCCACCGCCAUUCAGCGAGAGAGCAUUCCCGAUGGCUUCUCAAGGGAAGGGAUUGGCAUCGGUGGGAGCAGGACAGGUUCAGUGAGCUUGCUCUCCAGAUCUACGAGCAAGUCAAAGCCAUCUCGUCGCCACACUCGCUCAAAGCGAUCCUGGUCACGGGCGGGUCCGACAUGCGGUCGCAGGCCAUCGCCCUAGCCCAGCGGCCGCACGUCGUCAUCGCCACCCCCGGCCGCCUAGCCGACCACAUCCGCACCUCGGGCGAGGACACGAUCUGCGGGCUGCGGCGCAAUGCCUCGGCGCGCUCCCGCCGCCCGCCGAGCGCCAAACCCUUCCUCUUCACCGCCCACCAUCACCCCAGAAGUCAUGGCCCUCAAGAACAUGCCACGACAAUCCCGGCCGCGAACCCGUCUUCGUCUGCGAAGUCGACACCGACGCCCUGGCAAUCCCGCCCACCCUCAAACAGAUGCACCUCCAAGUCCCCCGUCACCCACCGCGAGCACUACCUGCACAUGUUCCUGCUCACCCCGGCCAACGCAGAAAAAUCCGCCAUCAUCUUCUGCAACCGCACCUCCACCGCCGACUACCUGCACCACCUCCUCCGCCUGCUCGACCACCGCGUCACGGCACUGCACUCACGGCUACCACAGCGGCAGCGCAUCGACAACCUGGGCCGGUUCCGGGCGUCGGCGGCGCGCAUCCUCGUGGCGACCGACGUCGCGGCGCGCGGGCUGGACAUCCCCGAGGUGAAGCUGGUGAUCAACUACGACAUCCCGCGGGAUCCGGACGACUACAUCCACCGGGUGGGCCGUACGGCGCGGGCGGGGCGUAAGGGAGAUGCGGUGACGUUCGUGGGGCAGCGGGAUGUGGAGCUGGUGCUGGCGAUCGAGCAGCGCGUGGGCAGGCAGAUGGAGGCGUGGGAGGAGGCGGGGGUGAAUUUGGAGACGAGGGUGGUGAGGGAUGCGUUGAAGUUGGUGGGGGAGAAGAAGCGCGAGGCGUUGUUGGAGGUGGAGGAGCAUAGGGAGGUGGGCGGGAAGAGGAAGAGGGGGAAGCAGAAGUUGAGGUUGGAGUAG